AUGCGCGGCCUUCCCCUCGGCUGCAUCCGCUCAUUCCUGUGCCCUGCGCGUGUUACGUCUCGACUCCUCGUUGUCUACUGCUUCCUGUUCCUCACCGUCACAUUUCUUCUCGGCAUCAGGAUGCAUUUCAAGUCGUACGUCGUGGCAGCCCUCUACGGGCUGCCAGCUCUCGCAAAUGCCGCGCCGUCUGCCGCGUCGACCUCGUCGUCGGUCUCGUCUUCUUCAAGUGCGGGCAGCUCGAGUGACGAUCACUUCAAAAUCUAUACGAUCAAGGCGGAGAAUAUCACCGCUACGCUCAUCCCUUACGGUGCAUGCCUCACUUCCCUCUUGGUGCCGGACCGUGAUGGCAACAAGCAGGAUGUCGUGGUUGGCUACGAUGACCCUCACUCCUACGCACACGACAGUCAAACCAAUCGCACUUUCUUCGGUGCCGUCGUAGGUCGCUAUGCCAACCGUAUCAAGAACGGCACCUUCUCCAUUGAUGGCACCGACUAUCACAUUCCGGAAAAUGAGCACGGCGGUCUCGACACCCUCCACGGUGGCCCUGUCGGCUAUGACAUGCGCAAUUGGACCGUCACGUCGUACAGUGACUCGUCGGUCACCUUCACCCUCUUCGAUCAGGGAUUCGAGAACUUCCCUGGCGACGUGAUCUCGCACGCCACUUACAGCGUCUCUACGGAGAAGUCUGUUGAGAACCCCAAGGGUCUACCCCAGCUGACCACCAAGCUUGUGUCGCUGGCCCUGACCAAGAAGACCCCCAUCAUGCUCGCCAACCACGUCUACUGGAACCUGAACGCGUUCAAGAAUCCCACCGUCCUGAAUGACACCACCCUGCAGCUCCCCCUCUCUCCACGGUUCAUUGGCGGGGAUGGCAUUUUGAUCCCAACCGGCGAAAUUUUGGACGUAGCCACUGCCUUCGAUGGUGCUCUGGACUUCACCGAGCCCAAGCUGAUUGGCAAGGACAUCGACAAGACCGCUAGCCUGUGCGGCACCGGCUGCAUCGGCUACGACACCUGCUGGCUGGUGGAUCGCCCGGCCGCCUACGCCGCGGAGAACUCGGUCGUUCCGUCGGUGCAUGCCGCCUCCGACAAGACCGGUAUCACCCUGGACGUCGCCACCAACCAGGCUGCGAUUCAGAUCUACUCCUGCAACGGCCAGAACGGCACCAUCGCGACCAAAGAGUCGCAGGCCAAGCGUAACAAGGCCCAGGACGGCGACUCGGGAGCUGCCUAUGUCAACAAGUACGGUUGCUUCGUCAUCGAGACUGAGGACUGGAUUGAUGGUAUUAACCAGCCCCAAUGGGGCCGCCGGCCCUACCAGAUCGUUGGCCCUGAUGAUGGCCCCGUGGUCAACUUCGCCACCUACCAGUUCGGUACCUUCUAA